AUCUGCAUUCACACCACAAUUUAUUGAGCUCCUCCCUGACCCGUAACACAUCAUUCAAACUACUCCUUGGCGUAGGAAAUUAUGAAGAAGUGUAGGUUUGGGAUGUUUGUGCAAAUACCGAGUAGAACAAGCAGCCAUGACGUUAGCAGCCUUUUCACACCUUGUGAUUCAGACGUCUGAUUGAGAUGCUGUUGCAACACUGUGCGGCACUCAAUCGUGUCAUCUGUCCCAUGCAUCCUGCCACAACUGCCUGCUCUUUAUCACCAGUGUGUUUUCAAAUGCACAAAUUGCAAAACUCUUGCAGAGCGUAAGAGGAACUUUCAUGUUCAUAUGCAGCAGCUCACCGCAGCUCACUCACAUUUCUCUGCUGCUGUGUUUUGUGACACGUUUUCUUACUUCGGAGAUGAACACUUUCUCCAUCACGCCACAGUGUACUGCAAAAUCUGCCUUUCAAUAUAUGACAACUUAAUAAACUUCAGCACGAGAGCAAGAUGGCGCACAAUUUCUCCGAUUGUGAGAAGUUUCAAACAAACCUGCUGCCCUGGAUGUACGGGGUUGAGUUCAUCGUGGCCCUGACAGGAAACCUCUUUGCCCUGUGGCUGCUGGUGGUCAGAGAGAGAAGGAACUGGCACACCGGCGUUGUCUUGUCUUGUAACCUGGCCAUCAGCGACCUGCUCUACAUCCUCACCCUGCCUCUGCUGAUUGUUUACUACUCACUGGGGAAACACUGGAUUUUUGGUGAAGCCGCAUGUAAGAUCGAAAGGUUCCUCUUCACCUGCAACCUCUAUGUGAGCAUCUUCUUCAUCAUGGCAAUAAGUGUGAACCGGUGCGUUGCCCUCGUGUUUCCCUUCUUCACCCGUUCCUACGUGCUGCCUGCCCACGCCAAAGCCGUCAGUGUGGUCAUCUGGGUUGUCGUGGGAGCCAUUUCCUCCCCUGUGUGGAAAUUUGCCACCGUUAGCACAAAUGAGCACAACAACAGUACGACUCUGUGUGUGUCCUUUGGUAAUCAGAAUCAUGCAGAUAAAAUCCCUCACUUCACUUACAAAGUAUUUCUGGCUGUGUUUGGGUGCCUUGUUCCCUUUAUGGUGACUUUCACUUCUUACUGUGUGGUGAUUUCGGUGGUGUGGAAAAAUGUCAAUAUAACAACACUGGAGAAACGCAAGGUCGCUCUGUUGGUCGGAUCGGUGGUUGUGCUGUAUGCUGUUUCCUUUGUGCCGUACCACUUCUUUCAGACCUACCACCUGUAUAUGAGAAUUAAGUAUCCCAACAACACUGUGUGCUGGGGUUACGAGAUGUACCAAGUGUCCAAGGGCCUGGCAAGCCUGAACAUGUGUCUGCACCCAGUCCUUUACAUGGCUUUGUUUGACAGUAUGAGAGUAGCGUGUUGUGGGAAGAGCUCAGAGGGCAACUUCAGAGCAGUGGCCAGAAAGUAAAGCUGCUGCCUGACGGCUUUUCUGUGAUGCACGGCCUUCUUCUAUUUUUAAAUAUAAUAAUGUUUACACAGGAAUUAUUUCCACAGGAUAUCUCACUUUGAAGACAUUGAUCUUUGCCAUAUUAUUUUGUCUGUAUUAUCAACUUUGACACAUAACAAUCUGUAAUAAAACAUCUUCGUUGCUGUAA